CAGGCCCAAGUUCAACGGCCCAACAGGCCAGAAAAAAAAGAAGAAAGAAAAAAGAAGAGAAAAAAAAAGAAAAAAAGAAGAAAGAAAAAGAGGCCCAAGUCGUUCGACCCGUUCAAUUAAGCUCGUAUUUUCGAGCUUUUCGGCAUCUUACUACGAAGGUGUUAAUUAGAGAUUGGUUGCCAAAAAUGGGCUUUUAAUGGAGGAGUCAAUUACACAAGUAAUCGAGAAAAAUGCCGUAGUCCGAGACUGGUCUUCGAGGGCUCAGAAAGCAAAAGGGGACAGUUUAAAGGAAGGGUACAUCCCCAAUCUUCCCGAGCAUGUGACUUCGAAUGCUCAUCAGAAUGAUAUUGAAGACUUGAAAAAGAUCUGGAAAUAGUGGGACUCAGAUACCAGAGGUAUCUUUAUUGAAAAAUACGGGGACAUAGCUCACUUGAUAGCAAUCGAUGUGAGCGAGCAGUUGAUUCAAGCCAUGGUUUGAUUCUGGGACCCGGCCUAUCAGUGUUUCACUUUCAAUCAGGAAGACAUGACUCCGACCAUAGAAGAGUAUGCCGCUCUGCUUCGCAUUGGCAAUGUACAAUUCAACAAGAUAUAUGUGAAGAAGUCUAAACCAAUGACCUUCAAGAAAAAGCUAAUGAAGUUGACAGGGAUGACUGAUACAUGGGCUGAAAAAUAGAUAAAAAAGAAGAAUGAAGUUAGCUGUGUUCCGUGGUUUUCUCUUCAGGAGUUAGUUCAGAAUCAUCCAGAUAUUUUGAAGAGAGUGGAUCUGUUUGCCUUGGUCGUUUACGGGCUGAUCGUCUUCCCAAAGGUUCUUGGGCACAUUGAAGUUGCGGUAGUGGAUUUCUUCGAAAAGUUGAGGCAAGGAAUCAACUUCAUCCCAACCAUAUUGGCCGAGACUUUUAGAUCGCUAAAUAAUUGUAGGAAGAGAUGGGAAUGACAUUUUAUCGGAUGCGCUCAGUUACUGAAUGUCUGGAUUUUUAGCCACUUUUGGAAAGUGGAGCGCAUACCUUGAAAAAGAUUGGCCAAAGGAUAUCACUAAACAACACUGGGUCUCGGUUUUUUAGAACCUCCAUGCGGAAGAUAUAACUUGGAAAGCACCUUGGAUUCGUCCCUCUGUCUUGUUAUACAAGUACGGAAACCAAGACUAGGUGUCUUUGCUAGGAUUAUGGGGAGGAGUUGGAUAUGCUCCGUUGAUGGUUUAAAGACAGUUUGCUUCGAGACAGUUCGUACCAGUUAUUGAUGGAUUAGCACAAUCGGAGUUUGCCUUUACGGGAGAGGGUUACAUGAAAAAGGUUCGAGAUGCUGAGAAUUCUUGAAGAAAAAUCUACCUAAUGGAAUUUGCUCUCUAUGUUGAUACUAUCACCGUAGAUUAUGACAUAAGGAGGCAACGACGAGUGAAGAGUCAACUAACCCCACCGAUUGAUGUCACUCACUAGAAUCUGUUCUCAGAGGAAAUGCCGUCUGAGCUAGAAUUGGCAAGACAUGCAUUCGAACGUGAAAAAGCUAAACUGUUACGAGAUAUUAGUUCCCUUCAGGAGGAAAACUACCAGCUGAAGAUUGAUGUUCAAAUUGAAAAAUCCAGAACCGAGAAAGUCCAAAAAGAAGUUGAGGUCACGAGAAAAGAUUUAAGGGAUCUUUAUUUGGAAAACAAGAAAUUAAGAGGCACUAUAAGGAAUAGUGGAUUGGGAAAAUCAUCGGCAAAAUGGAAGGAAGAACUAAGCAAUAUCAAAGGUGGGAUGGAAUUUUGGAAAGCCAAAGCGAAGGAGGAGGAAAGAGCUGCACGUGCUAUGAUAGAGUUGAGGAAGAAGAAUGUUGAAUAUGAGACUGUGUAUGUACAAUUAACGGCUAGUCAGUCUGAGCGUCAAGAGCUAAAAGGAAAAAUCUAAAGUCUAGAAAGUACACGGAAAGCUCAUCAACAACAUUUGGAUGACUUCCUGAAAGCUUUAGAAGAGAAGAAUGGUCAGCAUGAUAGGGACAUUUGCGCCUACGAAAGAGCCCUACAAGAAAAGAACAUGCAUCUCGGCAGUUUGAUCAAUGAAAUUCGCAAGGCGAAUGCGCAAAUAGUGCAAUUAUUAGAUGAAACAGAAGUUCUCAGUUGCCAAUACCCUCCUAGCCAAAGGUCAAGCAUAUCGGAGUUACUGGAACAUAUAAAGAAAUAAGGCGAUGUGGCUAAGUAAUUGUUAAACCAAGAUGACAACUUUUUGUAAUGGACUCUUUUGAUUAAUGAAACGUCCAAGUAUGGGGCUAUCUUGAAAUCAACUCCCAUUUUUACAUAUUUUCGCAUAACUAACAUUCAUUAGUCAUUAGUCAUCCAUUCAUUCAUUGCAUGUACAUAUCACCCUAAUCAUUUGCUAAGGUUAAAACCAUCUAAUUCACAGUUGCUACACUACGAGUCUGGAAUCACGUCAAUCUUAUAGGACGCGCCUAAGAGCUUGAGCUAUGGAUGCCGAACUCAAUGAAAGAAUGAAGAGGAUGGAGAGGACCUAAAGAGAGUUGCAAGAGAAACUGGCCUAGUCACAGCAGGAGGCGAGAGAUUUAAUGGUGAGAUCCCGAGAAGAAUCACUAGAACAAAGGGAUCAAAUGGCCAAAAUGAUAGAGAUGAUGACAACCUUAGUAAAAGAAAAGGGACCUAUGCAGAGCCCCGAUACUAUAGAGCCCCAGUCAAGAGCUAAUCAGGAUCCACUCUAUCCCCCGGGAUUUACUUCACCUCAUGCUCAUAUAACACAAAGAGGAUAUCCCUAGGGGGAAUCUACAGUCUUGGGGCAACAUCCUGUACAACCUGCUCACUUAGGGCAAUGAAUGUUUGUAUAAAACCCUGGGGCUAAUCCCUCAGAUCCAAUUGUUCCAGACCUAGAUGAUCCUAUAGAAAUAGCAAGGUUGAAAAUUGAUGACAAUAAUACUCAGGAUAAGUACAGAAUCCUGGAAGAGAGGAUCAAAGCAAUAGAAGGUGCCGAAGUUUUCUCUGCUUUGAGUGCUAAAUAGCUCAGUUUAGUACCAGAUCUGGUUCUACCCCCAAAAUUCAAGGCGCCAGAUUUUGAGAAGUAUGAUGGAACAAGAUGUCCAAAGGUGCAUCUUAUCAUGUUUUGCCGAAAGAUGACUGGCUAUGUGAAUAAUGACAAAUUGUUGGUACACUACUUUUAAGAUAAUUUGGUUGGCUCGUCCCUUCAAUGGAAUAAUCAGCUCAGCAGAAAGAAUCCGAUCAUGGGAGAAUUUAGCAUCAGUAUUUUGUGAGCAAUACAAGCAUGUAUCAGAUAUGGUGCCUGAUCGACUAACUUUACAAAUAUGGAAAAGAAGUCGCCAGAGAAUUUUAGGCAAUAUGCACAAAGAUGGAGGGAUAUCUUGGCUCAGGUGGAACCCCCGUUAACUAAGACAGAGAUAAUAGUCCUCUUCAUCAACACUCUGAAAGUGGCGGCUCUGAAAGUGCUGUUUUACAAAUGACUUUGUAGAUAUUGUAAUAUCUGGGGAGCUUAUUGAAAACGCCGUCAAGAGUGGGAGAAUGGAAGGCCCUAAGAGUUCGAAGAGGGCAGUACCCAUGAAGAAAAAGGAGGCAGAAGCUCAUAUGGUUAGAACUGUACCUCCAAUCCAUACCCCGCCCAAUCACGACCUCAUUAUCGCCCACCUUCAAACUUCUACUUUCCUCCUCAAAGUCCUUACUAUUAAGCGCCUCCCUCUUACCCCGUGUAUGCCAUGAACAACCAAAGACCAUUCACCAUGUUCCCACCAAGUACUAUGCCUACACAAAGCCAAUCCAAAAAUGAACAAAUACCAGCAAGACCCAAUUCUGAAAGACCUCAGUUUACACCAAUUCCUGUAUCAUAUGGAGAAUUAUACCCGAAGCUGUUGGAAAAACAAUUAAUAUCCCCACAUUAUAUGGCACCCCUGAAGCCACCAUACCCAAAGUGGUAUAAUCCUAACGCUAGUUACGUGUAUCAUGUUGGGAAUCAGGGACACUCUACAUAAAAUUACUUGGCCUUUAAAAGGAGGGUUCAAGGUCUCAUCGAUGCUGGCAUUUUACGAUUCGAUGGUGUUAGCAAUGUGAUGGGAAAUCCUCUUUCUAACCAUUCUGGUGAGAAUGUAAAUACUGUGACAAAUGAAGACAAUUGGCAAGCCAAAGGUUAUGUUGCCGAAGUAAGGACACCUUUGCAGAAGGUAUGGGAGAUGAUGGUUGAAAAGGGCUUGCUCUGCCUGUCUAGUAGAAUUCUCAAAGAAGAAAGUACAAAAGACCAGGGUUUCUGUGAUUUUCAUAGCGUCGAAAGGCUUGACAUCCAAUAUUGCAAGGAACUUAAAAAAUUACUUCAGGACAUGAUGGAUAACAAGGAGGUCAAAGUCUUUGAUAGGGUAGAGGGGGCCGAGGAAGGAGAAAUAUGUGCAUCUGAUAAUCAAUCGAUGGCUUUCCCUUAUAGCGUCGAUAGACCUUUGGUGAUUUAUUACGAGGCAAAGAAGGAAGAAGUUGGUCGAGAAUUUAAACCAAGUUUGAUAAUCGAAGUACCUACUCCUUUCUUUUACAAGGACAACAAGGCAGUGCCGUGGAAUUAUGAUGUCAAUAUCGUUGUACCUGAAGGUGAAAAAUCCAAGGUUGUGAGUGAAGGUGUCAGCGGAAUAGGACAUUUUACUCGCAGCAGAAGACGUUAUUCUUCCAAGACAGUUAAACCAAAGAGGAAGGUUGCUGGCCCGAGCCAAAAAGGAAAAGCACCAAUGUAUGAGGUUGAGGAUGAUAUUGAAAUACCGCCUGAGCAAGAAGUUAAAAAGGCUGCGAAUUGGGAGGAAGCACAUGAGUUCUUAAAUUUAUUAAGCACAGUGAAUAUAACAUUGUGAAACAAUUAAACAAGCAACAGGCCUGAAUCUCGGUACUAUCUCUAUUGUUGAACUCGGAGCCACAUUGAAACGAUUUCCUAAAAGUGUUAAAUCAAGCUUAUGUGGCGAACAAUGUACCUGUGGAAAAGCUUGAUAGGUGGAUAAAUAAUCUGAAUGCGGAUAAUUUUAUCUUUUUUAGUGAUGACGAAGUACCGCCGAAUGGUAGGAGCUUUGUAAAAGUGUUGCAUGUCAUAACUAGUUGCAAGGGCUACAUAGUACCAAAUGUGCUCAUCGACAAUGGAUCUGCACUCAAUGUUAUGCCCUUGGCCACGCUUUCUAGGAUACCAGUUGAUAUGUCUUAUCUGAGGCCUUGCCAUUUUAUAGUAAGGGCAUUUGAUGGGACACGACGAGAGGUCAUGGGAAAGAUUCAAAUUCCUCUAGAGGUGGGGCGAUGUGCAUAUGAUAUCGAGUUCAAGGUCAUGGACAUCACGCCUUCAUACAAUUGCCUCUUAGAAAGGCCUUAGAUCCAUU